AGUCUCUGCAGUGCAUUUGCCCGGCUGCAGUGGCGCAGGCUUUCACAUCAUCUCCCCCCGGUCUCUUAUGUUUGGAAACCGAGCUCUAUCGACAUGAACUCGCUCUCAUCGCCGACCAAGACGCCUGUUUGCGCAAAAGUGAUCUUUAAUUCUCUUUUAGUUAAAUGAACCUAACCGCGCCGGCCAAUGUAGCCGUCUAGUGCUCAGUUCUGCCCGUUCGGAGCGUUUUGUUUGCUGGAUUGUUUUCUGCUUUAAUACAUUCACCUUCGGAUUGGCCAAAAGCAUCUCCACAUCAGUCGGAUCAAAGAAGAGAUUCGACUUUUUUUCAUCCGGGAGCGGGGGAUAAUAUGUCAAGACGCAAACAGACCAACCCUUUCAAAGUGAAUUGUAGGUAUCCCAGGGCCUUUUCACACGACUGGGUUGUCCGGCCCGCAGCACACUUUUAAGAUGGAUGCUAGAGAUUACUUCAUUGAGGACGGGGAAUGCCAUAGCAACAACUCACAGGAACCUGAAGAGCAAGACAGCACAAGUGACGAUGGUGAUAGUGAUUUUGAUAAAGAUGACUCCUCAAAUGCCUCUGCUGAUGACAGCAUGACGAGUAAUAAGAGCAACCACGGCCCCAUACUACAUGAUGACGUCAAGGAGGAGAAUGAGGAGGGGACAGACCAGGGGAGCAGUUUUGGAUGUCCUCUUUGUUCCCUGGAGUUCAAUAGCCCAGAUCAGCUCAUCGCACACGUCUACCAGCACACAGCUGUGGGUGGCAGUAAGAGUUAUGUCUGUCCUGUUUGCGGAAGAGCUCUCAGUUCCCCAGGCUCUCUUGGUCGCCAUCUUCUCAUCCAUUCAGAGGACCGACUGUCCAACUGUGCCGUAUGUGGGGCUCACUUCACAGACACCAACAACUUUAACAGGGAAAAGUUGAAGGAGUUCCUCGACACAAGCAGUAUAGAGAUCAACAGUGAUGGUGAGGCCUGUGCCAUGUCUGACUCUUUACCCAGAAGCACUAUGACUAACCCAAACACAAGUCCUGGUCUGACCUCAUUGCCAGAUGGUCUUCUCCCUUCUGCACCUCCUCUUCACUCACUCUCUGAUAGCCUUAAUCCUCCAAACACAGGACUUCCGCCUCUUCCAGACCUCAUGAACCCUAUGCCAGUGUGCCCAGCUGGGGUUUUGUUGGUCUGCAACAGCUGUGUAGCCUACCAGCAGCUUGUGGAUGCCCAGUCGCCAUCCAUGCGGAAAUGGGCGGUCCGUAGGAAGAGCGAACCCGUAGGGGUGCGGAUGCAGCGGCUUGAACGUGAGCGAACGGCCAAGAAGACCAAGCGGGCAUGUGAGUCACCAGAGGAGCGGGAGAUGCGACGCUUACGAGACCGUGAGGCAAAGCGGCUGCAAAGGAUGCAGGAGACAGAUGAACAACGGGCACGUCGUCUGCAGCGAGACCGGGAGGCCAUGCGACUCAAGCGGGCCAACGAGACGCCCGAGAAGAGGCAGGCGCGGCUAAUCCGUGAGAGGGAGGCCAAGAGGCUAAAGCGGCGCUUGGAGAAGAUCGACCCAUCGCUGAGAAACCAGAUCGAGCAUGACCCUGCUGCGAUGGCUGCGCUCACUGCUGAUAUGAGUCUAUUCCAGUUUUCCUUUCCCAUGUCUGUCCCUUCCGUGGACAAUGGACUGUUUAUGAAGCUUCCCUAACAAGCACAGCUCCAAACACCUCUCAGCCCAACAUUCGAGAAGAAUUUGCCAUUCUUAAAGAAUAACUAUCUUGAACAUAACUGUGAUGAGAAGGUUAUGGUCUUGCAGAUUCAAGGAGGUGCUCACCCUGACAGCGAUUUGCAGUGAUGUAGGCACCAGAUGUCUUUCAUUUUCAAAGAGAGAUUUGAGGCGACAUGAUAGACCAUGAGUUGCAGCAACACACAUGGAGACUACCAAAUGGAGUGUAGACAGCGAAGUUCACAUGUUCCGCUUCCUAAUACACUUGGAUAUUGCAGUUGAGGACAGAAGUGGUUCUACAGGAUAGACAAGACAGGCAAUUGCUUAGAACCCCUAAGGGUGACAGAUUAGAGUAGUCAAUAGCAAGAAGAAAUAAACUUCCUGAAAACUAGAGCUCGGCAAUGUUUAGUAGGCUACAAUGACAUAUUCGAGGAUCUCUCUAGGAGGCUGCAUCCCUUUAACUACAAUCUCAGUCAAAAAAUCAAAAGAAGAGCAGGCAUCAUGCAGAUAAUAUUCCCAUCUGGUAGUCAGAAGAGGAAAGAGGAGUCUGCUGCACCAGAAUCCCUUACAAUCACAACCAGUCAAGUAGGAACACCUACUAGCAACCAACAGCACGUCGACUUGCCGACCUCCAGUGAUUUAAUUGCUGUCAGUGUGAACAACCCUUUAUGGAUCUCUGUAACAUAAACUGACUUACAUAAUUAACUGAACUUGAAUAAGAAAUUCCGACAUUCACAGAAGGGCAAACAUGUUACACUCUCUUACCUAAGGAAACUUGUCUACUUUGUUUUCAAGGCUCAGACUUUUAGCCGUCUUUCUUCAGAGCAGUGAGAUUCUUCCAGAAGGAGGUUCUCGGUUUGCACACGGACCUACAGUGACAGGAGUGAGACGUGUAGCCACACUCCACACUCAGCCUACUCUUCAAAUUUGCCAGUCUGAAAGGUUGAAGUUUACCUGCAACUAUGGCUCACCUCCCAGGACCCUAGAUUGGGUCACUACUAGCUCAUACUCACAGAAGCAACUACCUCACCAUGGGAUCCUUGCAUAGGAACCACAGGGACCAUGCAGGUCCACACACUGACUUACUGUUCCCUAUGCCAACACAUACUCUAGUCCAAGGGUGUCCAACCCUGCUCCUGGAGGGUUCAUCCUCCAGAGUUCACCCCUGAACCAUCUAAUCAAGGUAUUCAGGGUUACUUGAAACCCCCAGACUGGUUGUGUGUUGGAGCAAAUUGGAGCUAAACUCUCCAUGAUGGGGGCUGUCCUAAACCAGGAUUGGACACCCCUGGUAUUAUCAUUCCUCUACAUGUUCGCCGAAACGACAACACCUUAUUUAAAUGCUGUUUGAGUGCCGCUGACCCAAAUGCUGAAAUCUACAUGGGCUUGCAGUCUCGUGGUCUUUGCUUAUGCAGUUUUAUGUUCAAAAGACCAUAAGGUGCCCUACUUGUCACAAAUUACAAGGAUGGCACCCUCAGUGCACCCUUUAGUUGAGCCUGGUGCGGACUUUGGAAACGGACUGCUACCCAAGAGUUUAUGCGGCUUUAUAUCACUUAAGUGUGGACUUCAAGAAGGACUUCAAGGGCUGAGGGUGCCAUUUGGGACAAGGCCUCUUGUGGCGACUUUGUCCUUUUUUAAAAGAGAAAGGUGCGGAUGUACUGUUAAAUACUAAAAGUAUCUGUUUCAAAGCACAUUCAGACACACUUCUCUGACCUCCGAAAGGCUUUAUACCUUAUCACAAUGCUACACGGGUUGAUAUUUGUCUAGGAACUCAGGGAUGGUGUGGAUCACCGGCAUCCUCACGACCUGAGAAUGCAGAGGAGCAGGAGACCUCCUCUUCCUCAUUCUUCAUUAUUAUUCCUCUUGUUCAGACUGCAAACUCCUCACCUGAGCCAAAAUGUCGAUAUGGAUAUUACACAACUCCAUGACGUCUCAACUAACCAACCAGUCUCUGCCCUCUGCUGCUGUCACUGUACUGUAUAACGUGUAUGUUACCUCUUUAAACCAGUGCGGACCCGCACUGGACCUGGGAAUGCUUGUUGUUAAUGGUGAGGCACUUCUCUAUGGCAACAUGCAUAGUGUACAAAUUCAAAUUGUUGCCUUUGUCACUGGAAAGUUGUGCUUUGGUUUUAUAUUUAAUGAUUUAAAUGAAUUUGUGUGCUAUUUCUAUGAGAUGUGCAAUGAUGUAAAGGUUUAGCAAAUGCAUGUACAAUGAAACAAUCAGGACAAAAACUUCCAGAGAGAAAUCCCUCCUAUAUGAAGCAGUGAUGAUGCUGCAUAUGUAAAAAUUUAAAUGACAAGGUAAAGACACAUUCACAUUUCACACUAAUUAAAAGGUGAAGUGUGUAAUUUCUGCGCAAUAUCUGAUUGCAAAGGCAGAUGCCAAAAUAACACUUGCAUCCCAAACACUGCCCCCUGUCUUCCACCAUUCACCAAACAGGUACUCCCACCAAAAAAAUUCAAACCAGUUCAGAAGUUGACAUGUUAGAACGCCCAACAAACAAAGCAUAAGCACCGCAGUGUUUAUGGUAGUGGUUCUUAAACUUUUUGGGUUAACCACGUCAAGAGUAAAACAACAAAAGCAGACCAGCAAAUUUCAUUUUAGGGUCUCAUCCAAUGCCCUUUUCACCGAUUCUGUCUUGAGCCACAGUUCUAUAAAUUUUCCAGAAGGCUGUUUUGUUCUUAUUUUAUAGAAAUGAAUGCUUCUUUUAGCUAAUAAACCAAUGAGCCGACUGCAAGCUAAUUGGACCAAACGCUUACGUACAUUGACAUAUAAAGACAGAUAACAAAACACUUUUGUUAAUUAGUUGGUUUGUUCAAUGUUGGUGCUUAUGUUAUUUAUUUACGUCUUUUUUAUUGACUAAACUCGCAAACCAGUUUGAGAACCACUCUGCAUGUAAAGUUGGGAGAACAUUACACACGUAACCUUGAAAACUAACUCACUGCUCAGUGUGUCAUAUUGGGCGGAAGGGUCAGUCAUGUUAAAACGGACCACUGUACAUCUGUAAGUACCUCUUGAAAACAGGGUAGACUGUGUGUGUGUAUCAUAUGUAUGUCUUGUAUUUCAUUCCAAUACUUAUUACUACAGUGAAUGACGCACAUUUCAGUGUUUUAAAUUCACAAUGUUGUCAUUACCUUCUUUAGAGAUACCUCUAAUACUCAAAGCGAAGCAGCUGAGCUUUCCCGCACAGUUGAAGGCAACUGGAUAAUGGUCCCACGUUUAUGCUGUCAUGAAGUAUUAAUGAUGGGCUUCUUAAGAAAAAGAAAGGAUUUAAUGUACAUGUGAUGAAGCAUCACUAUGCAAUUGAGAGCUGUACUCAAGAAACUUUGUAUUACUACUAUGCAGUUGAUAUGAAAGUAAAUGGACUCAAAUGCUCCAGAUCACAAACCUCAGGCAACUCUUGACAGUCAAGCCAAUGGUCCUCAAGUCCAUAACCUCACCCACGAGAUCCAUCCUUAGCUUUGUUUUCAGUUACUCCAUUGAUAAGGACCGAGUUGAUCUUGAUGUAUGCACAUUCAGGAAGAGCAAUGCAAUUUUUACGAUCAAUUCCCUGAAAUUCAUUAUAAAGCAGUUAUUUUGUACAGUAGCAUCAAAGUUGUGAAAACCCAUCCUGAUGCAAUGAAAAAAAAUCAAAUGAUUCGCUGUAGUCCAGAACGAGAUGUUGGCAGGAUGCAUUGUCUAUUUUGAAGGAAAAAAUAUAUAUAAAAGAGUAUUUUCAAACAUUAACCCUGUUUAGUCUGCAUUAUUCCUAAACUAGUAUUUUUAGUGGUAUGCACUGCCAUGUGACAUGUUAUGUAUUAAACAACCAUUUUCUUUUACAUGUCUGUGCAUGUAAGUCAGUAAACCCCUGGAAAUGGAACUUGCAUGUUAUAAAAUACAUGUUCUAAAUGCAUUUAUAUACGAGCUUUUCAUUAAGGAUUGGAGUUCAGUAAUGACUUGCCUUUUUGUCAGUCUAUCUAGAUAUUUUCAUGAUAAUGUUUACAAAUCUAAAAGGCCAAAAUGAAUGAAACUUAAUGAGUGUGACUAGAAUAACACUGAUCAC